AGCCCUCUAGGCGCACAGCCCUUGGGCCCCCUGCGCCCCGCUCAGCCGUGCCUACAGCGCAGGCUUCGGGCAACGCGGCCCACAGGCGCUGCGGCGCUCAGCCCUUGCCGGCGCCGUGACCUCCGGUCGGCGAUGACUGGCCCUGCGCGGGCCCUGGGGACGCAGCUCCCGCUAACGCAGCGCUCCCAACGCGCUAAGGAGCCGAGCCGGGCCGGGCCGGGCCCCCGCCCCCUAGGGUCGAGGAGAGGCCGGUGGGAAACCGCUCGGGUUCAACGGCCCCCUUUUCGCUCCGCCCCCUGCCGCCCUAGCAGCUCCCCUCCACCACCCAGCAAGUGGCUACUAACAGGGCCGCGCGCAGCUCGGCCCAGGGGCGGGGCUUACCGCCGGGUGCGCGCGGUCUCGCGUCCCGGGCGGGCUCCCCGGGAAGUGCGCGUGCGCGAGAGCUGGGGGCCUUGUAGUUACCACGAUGAACCCCCUGACGAAGGUGAAACUGAUCAAUGAGCUGAAUCAACGGGAGGCUGAGCUGGGCGUACAGGAGAAGGUGUCCUGGCAUGCAGAGUACAGUGAUAGUGCCUGGAUCUUCGUGGGAGGUCUCCCCUAUGAGUUGACAGAAGGUGAUAUAAUCUGCGUGUUUUCACAAUAUGGAGAAAUUGUGAACAUUAAUCUUGUGCGAGAUAAGAAGACUGGAAAAUCAAAAGGUUUCUGUUUUAUUUGCUAUGAAGAUCAGAGAAGCACCAUACUUGCUGUUGACAACUUUAAUGGGAUCAAGAUAAAAGGAAGGACAAUUCGGGUGGACCAUGUUGCUAACUAUCGCCCUCCAAAGGACUCUGAGGAUAUAGAUGAUGUAACAAAAGUCCUACGUGAGAGAGGCUGUGGGGCUAAAACUCCUCCACCUACUUCAUCUGACUCUUCCUCAGAAGACAGUGAGGUACCAGUGAAAAAGCACAAAGAUAAAGUGAAGAGCAAAAGAGAGCAGAAGGAGAAGAGGAGGGACCUGCAAAGUGUGAAGAGGGCCCUCCCUGCAGGAGAGCUGCCUCCCACAGCCUGGAUUAAAAAGGAAAAGGAAGACUCUGCCUAUGAUCAAUAUGCUAACCCAAGGCAGCAGUCCCGGAAUGGGUCUGGGCGAAAGCAUGCAAGCAGGACUUAUCUGGAAGAGGAACCUGAGCAAGAGCAGUGUCGCAAGAGAGGUGUGGAGAGACGAGGGGACAAGGGGCACCAGGAGCAGAAAGGUCUGAGCAGUGCCUGGAAGGAGGAAAAGGCAGAAGACAAGAACAGAAAGGGGGAAGGCCGCAGCAGCAGACAAGAGGAAUGUCUAGGCACUAGAUCAAGAGAGCGAUGGGAGAGAAGCACCAGGGACCAGCAUGCCAGGGAAAGAGAGCUGUCUAGCUCUCGGGACUCCAGCCACUAUUGACCUGCUUGUCCUGUGGCUGCAGACUGAGCAGUACUCCAGGCUACUGGUGCUCCCUGUGGAGAAAUACUGUGGGUAGCUAGUAAUUGGAGGGGGGAGGAAAACCCCGCCUGUUUAAUCCAUUUCUAAGCUUGCUUCGAAGCCUCUCUCCUACUAAACUCCAAGCAUUUGUGCCUCUGUGAGUGCAGUGAAAUAGCACCCUAUUUUCCUCCAUCAGCUUUGUAUCUCUGCUCUUCGUUCCUGCAGUCCUUCCUCAAGGACCAGAGAGCCAGGCACCCUCCUGCUGUUGUCUUAGCUGGUGGAAGUGGCUGGGGUCUGGGGCGCACACUCAAGUUGCAAUCUACAGUAAAUGCCCUGUGGUGUUAACAGUGAGAUGCCUCCCAGAUAAUGAGCUUUGUCUGGCCACUUCAUUGUUGUCAAGCACAGCAUGCUGGCCCCUGUAGUUCUCAGAAAUAACCUGUGUCAUCAGUUCUGUUGGUGAGGGUUCCCUGCCUAAACUGACACAAGUGGUGAAUGUGUCUUCAGUAGUCCAUAUAACCUGGAUUUAUGUCACCUGAGGAAUUCUAACGUGGCCAUUUGCUACUGCCAUGAAUUCCCAAGUGUUGCAUUGUGGAGUCAGGAUAGCUUACUGUUUUAAAUGUCACUUAAUGCUUACCUCCUCUCUCCAGAUCCAUGGCUGUUUUACUAUUCUAGGAAUAAUAAAACUACUUUGAACAAAUGGCCUGCUUCAGGUCAUCCCUGAGAGAGAGUGUGUGACCAGUCUGGGGCUGCUUAUCAAUACUUAGUUCUAUAUGUGUGUCUGAUUGCAGUAAGGGCAUUUGCUGUAUGAAUACAAGGGGUUUAUUUAAGAAGAGGCUGACUACCUCCAAUCCCCUGCUGAGUUUGUCAAAGGGGCAGGGCUGCUUGAGUCUGGGGAACUGAGAACAAAGAACUUUGGCUGGUUUUACAAAGACAGUCUCUCAAGGAUGGGGGAACAGAUGGUCGGGGUGUGAAGUAGGCCUGCCCAGGACUCUAGGUCUGAUAGACAUGCAUGUAGACUUCUGUUUUUAAAACUAUGCUAUGCUUUGUUCCUACGGUUAAGAUUAAACAAUACUUUUGAUUUUAAAUGAG